AUGGCCCCCAGAAUCGCAAUUGUCUACUACACCAUGUACGGCCACAUCCGGCAGCUUGCCGUGGCCAUCAAGGAGGGGAUUGAACAGGCUGGAGGCACUGCAGACCUGUUUCUGGUGCCAGAGACCCUAUCAGAAGAAAUGCUGGCCAAGAUGGGAGCUCCUCCAAAGCCCAACGACCCGCUGGUGACAAACGCGAUUCUCACCGAGUACGACGCGUUUCUGUUUGGAAUCCCCACACGGUUCGGCAACUUCCCAGCCCAAUGGAAGGCCCUGUGGGACAGAACAGGAGGCCUGUGGGCCAAUGGAUCUCUGUACGGCAAGUUUGCAGGCAUUUUCGUGUCGACAGGUACCCCUGGAGGCGGCCAGGAAACCACAGCAGCCGACGCUCUGUCCACUCUGGUUCAUCACGGCAUGUUGUACGUGCCUCUGGGCUACAAACCGGCCUUUGCCGAACUCACCAGUCUCGAAGAAGUGCACGGAGGCUCUCCAUGGGGAUCUGGAACGUUCACGGGAGGAGAUGGAAGUCGAAACCCUUCGAAAUUGGAGCUCGACAUUGCCCGUAUUCAGGGCCGGGCCUUUUAUGACAUUGUUACUAGAAAAUAG